GCUGCUCUCCGUCUUUCCCCGCGUGCUUCUGUCAUAGUUACCGCUGGGUGGUGUUUCAGAUAAACAUAUCAUUUAUUUCCGUGUGUAGUUCGAGUUAUUAACUCAAUUAUGUGGUUUAUAUAGAAUAUUAAUCAACGGUAGAAUUCAUUUACGUAUACUCCCUCACAUUAAAUAUAUAAAAAUGACUAAAACGAGCAACCAUAACGAUCCGCUACUUCAUUAAUUGAUUGUUUUAUUGUGCUAGGAUGGGCCAUGCUUUUGUUUAUAUAUUAGUCGCUUUUUGCGGAUUAAUAUCGACUCAGGAAUCGUCUACAGAUAUCUAUACCACUACGGACAUAAAUGAAUUUAGUGAUAAUAAAGAUCCUGAGGGCAUUGACACACCUACUUAUGAUUUUGCAGUUCCAGCCAAACCAAGAAAUUUGACAAUUUUGGACUACACCUCAGUUAGCAUCUAUUUGCAGUGGGCAAAUCCGGAGAAAAAAAAUGGUGUUAUUGAAGGUUACAGAGUUUAUUAUAUGAACAAUAACUUCACUGAAGUUCAACCUGAUAAAAUACCAUUUGAUGAACCCGUAGUACGCUACAAUUUGACUAAACUAAAGCCUUCAACUGAAUACACAAUAUUUGUAAAAGCAUUUACUCAGAAACAUGAAGGCUAUUCCUCAGAUCCUGUAGUUGCGACAACUGAUAUUAGUGGGCCAAGUGCCCCGAAAGUCUUAAAUUUAUCGUGUCAGGCUAAUGAAACUAUAUAUAUACAGUGGCAGCGACCUACAAGUUUCUUUUAUUCUAUUGACUAUUACUAUAUAUACAUUAACUUAGGCAAUCAUUUAUAUGAUAACAUCACUAUAUCUACCACAAAGGAUCACCUAGAAACAACAUAUAUUGUAAAAAACAUUACGCCAAAUGCCAAUUAUCAUGUACAAAUCCAAGCUUCGACAAGAAGUAAUCGUACUCAUCGGCUGAUUAUGGGAGAACUCUCUCAACCAAUGCGCGUAUAUAUCUCCAAAAAUUGUGAAGAUCCCCAUGAUUACAACUCCCACACAACCAGUGAACUUGGUGCUGGAAUUUUAGCUGGUGUCCUUUGUGCAAGCUUAGCACUACUGAUGGCUGGAAUAGGAUUCUUAAUUUGGAGGAAAUGUUUUCGUGCUCCAUAUUAUUAUCUAGACAAUCCUCAAUGUUCAGCAGCAGCUUUAGAUUGGAAUGCCAUUCCUGAACCAGAUGCGGAUCACAACGGGCCAAUUCCCGUUGCGCUUUUUGCCAGACACGUUCAAGAAUUACAUGCGGAUGGAGAUAUAGGUUUUAGCAAAGAGUAUGAAGCUAUACAAAACGAUGCUGUUAAUGAAAUCAACAGCUCGGAACAUUCACAACAUCCUGAUAACAAACCUAAGAAUAGAUAUCUCAACAUAAUUGCAUACGAUCACUCUCGCGUCCACUUACUCACAAUGCCUGGUCAAAAAGUCUCGACUUAUAUUAAUGCAAAUUAUAUUGAUGGAUUUCAAGUGAACAAAGCUUAUAUUGGUACUCAGGGUCCUUUACCUUCUACUUUUGACUGUUUUUGGAGGAUGGUGUGGGAACAGAGGGUUACCAUAAUUGUGAUGAUUACUAAUUUAGUAGAAAGAGGAAGAAGAAAAUGUGAUAUGUACUGGCCAAAGGAAGGUACAGAAACUUAUGGUGUUAUUCAAGUAAAACUAGUCAAAGAGGAUAUUAUGGCUACAUACACUGUGAGAACUUUAUCAAUUCGCCAUCUUAGAGUAAAUAUUAAAAACAAGAAAAAGGCUGCAUUAGCUGAAAAAACAGUGUACCAGUACCAUUAUACCAAUUGGCCAGACCAUGGUACACCAGAUCAUCCAUUACCAGUUAUACAUUUCGUUAAAAAAUCGUCAUCUGCCAAUCCUCCAGAUGGUGGGCCCAUUGUUGUUCAUUGCAGUGCUGGAGUAGGUAGAACUGGGACAUACAUAGUGUUAGAUGCAAUGAUUAGACAAAUUCGUUCUAGAGGUGAAGUAAAUAUAUUUGGUUUCUUAAAGCAUAUUCGCGCCCAACGAAAUUUCUUAGUGCAAACCGAGGAACAGUACAUUUUUAUACAUGAUUCAUUAGUAGAAGCCAUCGAAUGUGGAGAAACAAAUAUAUCUCGUGAGAAAUUUCCUAGAUAUGUUUCUGUUUUACAAAAUCUUAAUCAUGAAGAUAAAAACGAGCUAUGGAAACCGUUAGAUGUUCAAUUUAGAUUAGUAACUAGUUUUGUAUGUAAAGAUUUUAACUUGGUUUCGGCAAACAAACCAGUAAAUCAACCAAAGAAUAGAUGUGCCGUAAUUCUACCCGUAGAAAGUUCAAGAGUUCAUUUGACUCCGAAACCAGGUGAGGAUGGAUCUGACUAUAUUAACGCUAGUUGGCUCCAAGGAUUCCAUAGCCUUCGAGAAUUUAUUAUAACCCAACAUCCAUUCAAACAUACUAUGCAAGAUUUUUGGCAAAUGAUCUGGGACCACAGCGCACAACUCAUAGUUAUGAUAAGUUUUAUAGAUAAUUCAGAAUAUGAAGUUUUCUGGCCAGUAGGGAACGAGGUUAUUGAAACGGACACUUACACAUGCAAACAAACACAUGAAAAUGGCAACUCGACAUAUUACACACGGGAAUUCUUGAUGCGUUCUGUGCAAGAUGAUUAUGAAAUUCCAGUCAAAAUGCUUCACUGCCAUAACUGGCCACAUCAAGUUUCGAAUAUUUCUGAAAUGUACCACCUGCCUAACUUCGUUUUAGAGAUGCAGAAAAUUCAAAAUGGGCCUACAGUUGUUAUUGAUCGGUUUGGAGGCACAGAGGCCGCAACAUUUUGUGCUUUAACGACCUUAAAGAAGCACUUAAUUUACGAUAAUAAAGUGGACGUGUACAUGUACUCUAAGUUAUAUCACAAUAAAAGACCAGGCAUAUGGAUUUCGAGUGACGAUUACAUGAAAUUACAUCUCUGUGUCCAAAGCCUAUGCAAUCCGCCUGAACCACAAAUCCAAGAAGUAACUCCUGAUUUAUAUGCAAUGGCCAAUGGAACUAUCAAUAAUGGAUCAAUAUCCACCGACUGUAUACGAGUACCUCCAGAAGAAGCUCCUCUUAUUACCAAGGAUUGUUUGAGCAAUAAACAGACGUAAAACUAUAAAAUUACCAGUAUUUCAAGUUACAAAAUGGGUAUAUUAGGUGUAGGUGUUGAAAAAUCCAUUUGCAUUGUGUUAUUUAUGAAACUGAUGAUUAUUUGAGAAGGUUCAUUCCUUCCGGUUAGAUCUCGAUAUAUUUUGGAAUUAAAAACAGAUCUGACAAAAAGGAAUUCUUGGUAAAUAUUGAAUUUGGGUAGAUAAAACAUGUCAUGAAGUUCCAAAAAUGUGCGCCAUAGCAGCAUAAACUUUAAUGGGGCUAAUGUAUGGCACAUGUUUACCCGGAAUGACCUUGACCCUUACAUAUAAAAAAAUAAAUGUAACCAAUGAAAGAAUUCUUUUUAUUAAUUCAAAUACGGAACUUACUUUCGUACCAGUAUUUGGUAAAAGUUACAUCUAUUUUAAUUGAAGCGGAUGUAUCUUAAACUGCUAAAAUUGAGAUUAUCCAUGCUUGGAUAUAUUUUGUCCGAUAAAGAUUACAACAAAUAUUUUUAUUACUGUGGACAAGGCUUAAGGAUAUACUCUCGUUAUUCAUAGAAAUGGUCGUCAUUUUUUAUGUCAUAUGUGCACUUGAUGUAAAUAUUUCAUUUUAUCUUUAUAUGAUAAUGAUGGACAAUACGUACCUCAAUAUUUAUAUUGUGGUAAUUCCUCAUAAGAAUAAUUUUAUAAAAUCUCUUUCAAACAAUAUGUAGAAGACUGACUAUUUGAUUUUAAAUAACUUGUGAUUAUAUAAAAUUUUUAUUAUUCGAUUACCAUUUGUAAAUUCCACAAAAGCAUUUAUGUAAAUAUAUAUACUAAAAAAAUACAUAUUAUUAUAUAGUAAAAUUAGUGUAAUUCAGAAUUAGUCUUGUGUAACCUGAAAUACUUGUAAAAUAAUUUGAAAGAUACUAUUUAAAUUUCAGUGACACAUAAUAUUUAUUUUACUUCUAUGUAAAUAUAUGUGUGAGUAGUACAUAUAUACACACACAUUUCAAAUAAUGUAUAAAAAAAAAUGUAGUUAUGUGUAAAAAAAGUAUUAUUAUACAUUAUUCAUAAAAAAAAAAUUAAACGAAAGUACAAUUUUUUGUAUAAAUAAUGUAUAAACCAGCCUGUAGUGUUUAUGAAUAAGUUUCCAAUUCCGGAAUGAUCUGAAUGAUAAAAUUUUACUGACAUUCCUGAAUUGGAUUGUAUAUAACCAAUAAGAACGCCUCAAAUUCAAUUCUGACAUUUCAGAAUAAUAAGUGAAAGACCAUUCAAUAAUAAUACAUAUAUAUAUAAUUAAAAUCUUCUUAUUAGUGGGAUUAAAGCCUAUUUUUUAGAUGAAACUCUUUUUUCUAUGUAAAAGCUUUCGCAAUAUUUUAUUGCUUCUUCAGUUACACUAUAUACCAAAGCCACGAAUAUCUUUUCUAUAUAUAUAUAUAUAUAUAUAUACACAGGGUGUCUCAUAAUUAGUGUC